AAAGGAGCUGAAACCAGUACCGAAGUUCUUUCCGCUAAAGACAGUGCGUCGCAGAUCAACACAACUAUAUAUAAAGCGAAAAAUGUCAUUGUCAGUGGUCCAAGAUCAGAAAACUCUGUAAUUUCCUUUGCAAGAACUACUUGUACUGAGGCCUUUGCUAAAGUUGCAGGUCAAACAGAGCUUGUACUAAGGGCUGUAAAAAAUGAAGAAACGCAAGAAAUUUAUGGUAUUCGAACAAAUUUGUUCUUCAAAGCGGUGCAUAAACUCCAUUGUCCAGGACAAGAACAAGUGUUGAUUAUGAAAGGAGAUGGUAUGGGUUGUGACUACACCGCUAAAAUGAUAUUCGCAAUUGAAAGUUCAAUGAAUAAAAAAACUGGUUAUUACCUUACAGGUGUACCUGAUUGGGCUAUCGCUAAUAGCCACAUAGCUGGCUUAGCUAAUGACGGUGAUGAUAUACGCACACGUGCUGUUGUUUUGAUACUUAAUGCAAAUUUACACGAAUGGAUGUAUAUCAUAGAACACGAAAUAUGUCCGUCUGCAAUAACAGAUGGGACCCUUACAGUGAUAAUGACAACAAAAGAUGAAACUUUCGAUGACAAAAUCAAACACCUUGUCUUGGAUGCCUCAAAUUACGAUGCGCUUCCGACGGAACUAGACAAAGCGCACGUUUUUGACAUGAUGGCAAAAUUAAAAGGACCAGGAACAAUAAUUUCAGGAGAUACUUAUAAGCCCAAUGAAGCUUCAAAGCAUCAUUCGCACCCAACGAUAACCACGAGUAGCAAGGAAAUAAUGCUUAAGAGUCUUGGAACUCAUAUGUGGAUUCGCAGACUUAAAGCCUUCUUUGCUGGAACGAUGGAAGAAGGAUCUCUUUUCUUCAGAAAGCCAGACACAAAUCUUGUUAACGAUUUCAGAAUCCUAUUAGCCAAAGGAAUAGAUCCACAGGUCUUGUGCUUGAUUAUUACCUAUGUGUUUGGUAGAUUUGAUCUCACACAUGCAGAAUAUCUUCACAAUUCACAAGCUAACAAAGUAAUUCAAAUCAAAUUUGCCCAGCCCUCAAAACUAGUGACGAAAAAAAACCAGUACCCAAGAUACAAGCAUAUUGCAAAAUAUUUUAAUACCGGUUUAAGACAGGGCUUAAUCAAUAUUCGGGUCGGAUUGAAACAGGUCCAAGAUUCUUUGCUUAUUGAUAAGGAAUCUCAAUUUGCUGGCGAACAUAUUCGAACUUCAUUUAUGGUGGCUUUGAAUGAGGUUAUACCAGCAGGAAUAAUAGAAAGUUGCGACGACGACUUUUUAUUCCAUUUCGUCAGAAGUGACGAAACAAUCGGGGCUUCCGAGUAUGCUUUACUAAGAAGUGAAGAAGGAUUUAGGGCGUUCUUCAAAAGAAUGAUGUUCCAAUGGAAACAGAGUAUGAAAACGUGCAUUGAACAUCCAGUGUUGUUUCGGAAUUUCGAAGGAUUUCUCAAAUACAUAGCAACUAAGAAGCACAUGCGUUGGAAUAUUUUAUCACAACUAGAAAACAGCAAAUGUUCCCUUUACUAUGGAAUGGACAGUGGUGAUCAAGGUAAAACACCUACAGAAAUCAUUCUUACCGACGGCAAAUGGACUCAGAAGAGAAACAAGAGAAGCUUGCGGGUAUUUACCCAGGAACAGGAAGCAUACGCGUUAGUUCACGCAGCAGAACUAAAAAAUGUACGCAUAUUCGAGUGUUUGGUUAAAUACGGUGUGCCAAUAACACAGGAAUCGUUUUCUGCUGCACUCAAAUCAAACAGUGCCGACAUUAUUGAAUACUGUCUUAAGGAGGCUGCGUUCAACGACAAAGUGUGGACAAAUUGCCUUUAUGAAUGCAUAAUCAUUAAUAUCGGCUGUUCUAAAACCAAUAUCAAUUAUCGUAUUUUAGAAAAGUGCAUGUGCGCUAAAAAAUCAUUAUUAAAAAUGAUAUGCACUGAUACCAUGCCACUACUUCACAGAGUUGUCAAUAAUCAAAUGAUGUUAGAAAUUCUCCUAGAGGGCACCUGGAGUGAACAUGUUAAUGUAAAUGCAGUGUAUCAAAAUAAAGGUGACAAUGGCACAACCGCUCUUGUUUUAGCGACCGAAGAAGGCAAUCAAAGUGCAGUCGAGUACUUGCUCAAAAAAGGAGCAGACCAGAGGCUCACUGGUGUAGAUGAGAUGCCAAUGUGCAUUGCUGCAAAAUAUGGCCAUCUGAACAUUGUGAAAGCCCUAGUAAAUAACGACAAAACUAUUAUUAAAGAGCCUGGAAACCAUCAGGAACUCCCAAUCACUAUUGCGCGUCGCUGUGGAUUUAAUGAUAUAGUAAAAUUCAUCGAAGAAAUCAUUGGCAGUGCUUAAUCUCUAUUAAGGUACAAUUUUUUUAAACGUUGUAAUAUUCGGGUAAGAAGCUGCCUUAUUUGUUUCGAAAUAUAGAUUCACAGGCUGGAGAUGUGUGCUAUGCAGUGUUUUGAUGCAACUCGGACUAAGUAUGAAGAUACAUAUGCCCUAACAUCGGUUAACUGACCCAAUAUGCGUUCUUUUGUGCAUUUUAAGUUUUCGAAUACGGGGGCCAUACAUCUUUUUGUGAACUACUAGUUUUAUCUGUUGUGUAGUUUGUAUAUGAACUAUUGUGCUUCAUCUAUUCAUUAAUUAAUGCAGAGGUUUUUCUUUAUCUUGUAUGAACACCUUUGGUUUUGCAAUGGUCGCUUCAAGAGUCAAUCAUGUUUUAAUUUACUUUAGAGAUCAAUUUAGCAUUGAUAGUCUUUUGCCGUUUUGUAUUUUAUAACAAACUAUCGGUUGGUUACAUAAAGAAUCUUCUGAAUAUCUUUUGGAGUUUCAUUCAAAAUUUAUGUGACCAAAACACAUAUAAGUUUAUAUUAUCUGGUGCUGUAACAAAAGACACGCAUUACAAGGUUCAUGUGCAUUUCCAAGUAUUGUAUAUUGCGUUUUUCUCAGUGCCGUUUAAUGUCAUAGAAUAUUUGCCAUUAACAAAAAAGUGCUUGAACUAGAUUGGUGAAAUUUGCUGGAUGGAUAGAGGGCCCAAUGGUAAAUAAAAUAUGCAUGUUAUUUAAUUAUGUUUGUUUUCGUCAGACAAAUUUGUGGUUGCCAAUUUGUUACAGAAAUAAUUGGCAACACAAAUUAAGACCCUUCGAUUACUGUUCUUUUCUCUACAACAUAACCCAGUGGUGCAGUAAUACGGACUCAGGGUUUAAAUUUUUCUUAAAUGUCAAACGUUUGAGCCCUUACAUUUGUUGUCUCAUCAAAUCUCGUAUGAAUGAUUUUCAUGAAAUAAGGCGAAAAUGCUUACGGCAUUGAACCGAUGCGCAGAAGGGAUGAAUCACUCACAGUCACUGUUAUGCUUAUGUGUAAAAAAAUUAGAAAGACAAUACUGUAGCCUCUAAUAGUUUCGUAUCCUCGUACUAUUUUCUGAUUUUUAAAGUUGAUUAAUUCAGAAGAUGCAUUAUUCUUUAAUGCUGGCUCAAAAUCAAGGUCACCACUUCACGUUUAAUUUAAUUUCGGCGGGGUUAAAUUUAUUUACUUGUUGAAUGUUCUUUUGACGAGAAACCUUGUUUUAAACGAUAAUAUGUUGGAUAAAAGUUGUGAUAAAAAAAUGACAAAAAGCUAAUGCUUUGCUUGUUGAUUAUAUGCAUAUCUUAUCAAGUGUUUAUUUUAAAACUUACGUUACUUAUAGAUAAAAAUUUUUCUUGCAUUAUUGUGAUGAUAGAUAUUUUUUAAUAAAAUAACUACAUAAGUAGUUGGACGUGUUUCAUUCUUUCUCGAUACCAUUUCAGUAGAGUUAUGCCCAUUUGCAAUAUUUUAGUUUAUAUUUCCUUGUAAUGGUUGUUGUUUUGUUUUAUUUGACAAAUAAUUUAGCAAUAUGAAUGGAAAGAAAGAUUGUAUUUCAAGUGAAUACUAAAGCAUGCUAUUUUGCCAUGUGUGUAAAUAGCAAUCCGUUAUUACUUAAGCAAAAGUAUAUAAAUCACAACAAUGUAUGUUCAUUGCAGCCAUUACACAAAAGUAGUUCUACGUUUUAAAUGUAACGAAAAAAUACGAAGAUAACAUUUCGGUUAACACUCACUUACUUUUUUGUAUUUAUUUAAACACCAAGCCUUAAAUAUGUGUCGUUGAUGCAUUUAAAAGAUGUUGUUGUAGCAGAAGAAGAUAAUUGGAAUGCUGCAUUGAGAUUUGAUAUGCUGUAUGUAUGGGGUAAUUAAUAACAUGUAUUAUGGAUUUUAUUUCAAAUAGGUAAGCUUGUUUUUCAUGCAUAUGUGUGUUAAAGAUUAAAUUGUAAACUUGU